AUGGGAUUUUGCUGUCGUGCAGCAUCCUCUGGGCUUGGAGCAUGUCAGGCCAAGUACAACCUGGAAGACCCGCGUCAGUUGGCGGCGUUCCUGAAAUACGCAGACAUCCGUCUGGUUCGGACGAAGUACUUGUACGAGCUGCGAAGCCAAAGCAAGCUUCUACCUCGACGCCAGGAGGCCGACGAGUGGGGUCUGGUGAGCCACGAAGAGGUGAGUGAGUGGGCCGCGGGAACGCGGGAUGCGAUGAUGAUCUCGAUCUCCCAUGCCUGGGAAACCCGCGAGCACCCGGAUCCCUGCGGCGACCAAUUAAGCCGGCUGGUCGACUGCUUGUCUCUCUACGAAGCCGCCUACUAUUCAGAGAUCUGGGUGUUCUACGAUUACGUCUCUCUCUUUCAGUUCGAGCGGCGGACAUCCGCAGAAGAGGAGAGCUUCCGACGGUCCAUGAGCCACAUGCACGUGCUCUAUGCGCACGACUGCAACUGGACCUUUCGUCUGGAAGCUCUAACCCCGGACGAUGUCUGGGACGCCGCGCUGCAGAACUCGGAGCAUCUCGUGAUGGUCUAUGAUGUUGAGAGCGGAUCCGUCCAAGGCCGCCCCCUUGGGGAGCUUGUGCCCAACCGCGUCCAUUAUCGAGGUAGAGGUUGGUGUAAGGCAGAAGUUGAGUGGUCCUCUUGCAGGAGCAGGUCCGACCAAAACCAGUGUAUCGAUGCUGGUCAGUCCAAACGUGGAGUCGAAAGCGCGAAAGCUAGAGCCGCUAGAGUCUCUAGAGCCCCGCUGCAGGGCAAAGUCCCAAUGGCUCCAGAGGUCUUUGAAGAAGACAUGAAAAAUGCCGCCUUUACGCAUCGAGACGAUGCCGCAGAAGUGCAGAAGCUCCAGUGGGAGAUUUUCCAUCAGAAAGUCUCUGAGUGCGAAGAGGCACUGCUGGCAAACCUGCCGAAAGGGGAGGUGAGUCAGCUGGCCAGAGCGCUGAAACAUUACGAGAAGCUGAAGGUUCUGCGUCUCCGCAACAUCGAGGUGGGGGAUGAAGAAGGCGAAGAGUUCGCGCAGGCCCUCGGCCUCAACAGAACAAUCACCGAGCUGAAGCUCAAGAUCAUUGAGUCCUCCGGGGCUCAAUGCGGCGCCCUCUGGAACGAGCCCAUGACAGACAUGGAGAUCCUGAUCAAGAAAUCAUAUCAGAGAGGGCCGGCCCUGGCGAAUGCGCUCAAAGCCAACGAAAGCAUCACCACUGUCAACCUCGAAGGCGAUGUCAUGGGAGCCGAGGGCUGCGAGGCCCUCGCAGAUGCUCUGACGAUCAAUCGUACCAUUGCCAACAUCGGCCUGGCAUACAAUUACUUCGAAGACGAGGGCUGCAAGGCCAUUGCAGGUGCUCUGAAGACCAAUCGCAGCAUCGCCCGCAUCGACCUCAACUGGAAUCGCAUCGGACCCCGCGGCAGCCAGGCCCUGGCAGAUGCAUUGAUGGUCAACCGCGCCAUCACAAGCAUCAAUCUCCGCUCGAACAACAUCGGAGACGAGGGCUGCGAGGCACUCGCAGAUGCUCUGAAGACUAACACUACGAUCAGAAGCAUAAACCUCGAGAUGAACGGCAUCGGAGCCCAGGGCGGCAAGGCCGUCGCAGAAGCUCUGAAGUCCAACGACAGCAUCGCCAACAUCCAACUCGAAAGAAACAGCAUCGAAGAGGAGCUUCGCAAGGAGAUCGAAGAGGCUCUGAAAAUACGCAGGGCCGCCACUCACUCCACAGAAUCUGAGAGGGACAGGGUUGAUGCGACGAAGAUCUAUGCUUGGACGGGGAAAGUGCGAAUCAAGGGCCUCGCCUCCCAACUGAAGACCAAUAGCAGCAUCACCACCUUGAACCUUAGAAUCGGCAACAUUGCCGGCGAGGACUGGGAGGCGGUAGCAGGCGCGCUGAAGAUCAAUCGUGGUAUCACCGCUGUGGACCUCGUGGGGAGCUACAUCGGAGACGAGGGUUGGAAGGCGUUAGCAAACGCGUUGAGGGUCAAUCGUAUCAUCACCAGCAUCUUCGUCGACCGGAGUGUUGUCGGAGACGAGAGCUGCAAGGAAUUAGCAGAGGCCUUGAAGACAAACACCGCUAUUACCUCCAUCGGGCUCGGGCACACGCACAUCGGACCCCAGGGCGGUAAGGCCCUCGCAGAUGCAUUGAUGGUCAACCGCACCAUCACAAGCAUCAAUCUCCGCUCGAACAACAUCGGAGCCGAGGGCUGCAAGGCGCUGGCAGACGCUCUGAAGAUCAAUCACACGAUCGAAAGCAUCAACGUCGGCGAGAAUGGCGUGUCUGAGCUUGAGCUCGCCUCGUUUCCCUACUCCGUCAGAAGGAGGCUCGAGGGGCUCACUCCUGGGCCUUGGCUUCUCUCACCUCUUUGCCUCCAGCCCUGCCUGUGGCUCCUGCACUCCGCCGCAGCGCUCAGCUGUCUGCCUGCAGCAACCAGCACACCUCCGCAGCAGCGAAACUGA